AUGCGCGUCAAGGCCGGCCUGGCUCAGAUGCUCAAGGGCGGCGUGAUCAUGGACGUUGUGAACGUGGAGCAAGCGCGCAUUGCCGAGGAGGCCGGCGCCGUGGCGGUGAUGGCCCUCGAGCGCAUCCCUGCCGACAUCCGGGUGGACGGAGGUGUCGCCCGCAUGUCGGACCCCAAGAUGAUCCGAGAGAUCAAGGCCGCCGUCUCGAUCCCCGUCAUGGCUAAGGCACGCAUCGGCCACUUCGUGGAGGCCCAGAUCCUGGAGUCGAUCGAGGUGGACUACAUCGACGAGUCGGAGGUGCUGACCAUGGCCGACGAGGACAACCACAUCAACAAGCGCAAGUUCCAAGUGCCCUUCGUCUGCGGAUGCCGCAACCUCGGGGAGGCCCUCCGACGUGUCGCGGAAGGAGCGGCCAUGCUCCGCACCAAGGGCGAGGCCGGCACCGGCAACGUUGUCGAAGCCGUCCGCCACGCUCGCGCCGUACAAAAGGAGAUCAGAAUGGUGGCGUCCAUGGACGAGGACGAGCUCUUCGUGUUCGCGAAGCAGAUCCAGGCUCCGUUCUCCCUGGUGCAGGAGGUUGCCAAGAACGGCCGCCUGCCCGUCGUGAACUUCGCCGCGGGAGGCAUCGCUACCCCGGCCGACGCCGCGUUGAUGAUGCAGCUUGGUGUUGACGGUGUGUUUGUGGGGUCGGGUAUCUUCAAGAGCGCCCACGCGGCGGAGCGGGCGAAGGCCAUCGUACAGGCCACCACUCACUACAAGGAUGCCAAGAUCCUUGCGGAGGUAUCUACCGGGCUGGGCAAGGCCAUGGUCGGCGUGUCGGACAUCAAGGGCGACGCCGUUAACUUCCGCGGGCGCGAGGGGGGAGGGUCUGAGGGGCAGAUCCCCAAGAAGCGCAAGCUCGAGGGGAAGACCGAGACCCAGCUCUACGGUUCCAGCUGGGAGGCAUAGGGACGAGAAAAGCGCAGCUAUCCCCGCCGCCUUAACAAUGAGGGGAAGAUGUGUUACACCCGUGUGCCGUUCUGUAUAAACCUCUUUCCGGCUGAAAGUGUUGUGACUGGACCCGGAAGAUGGUCUUGUGGACCCCGUUGUCCUUGGAGGGGUUCGAGGUAUGGA